AUGGUUCACGCUGCUUCUGCUGUUGCCUUCGCUGUCAUUGCCCUCAAUGCCGCCACCACUAUGGCCAUGCCCUCUUAUGACGUCAAUGAUCUUGUAGAACGUGACUUUGAGUCUUCCGGAGUUGAAGCUCGUGAAUUUUACGAAGAAUUUGAGGAGCGCGACUACAUCGACGAGUUCGAAGCCCGUGAACUCCUCGAAGCUCUUGAGGCUCGUGACUUUGAAGAUUUGGAUGCUCGUGAGGUCGAGGAAGUCUUCCAGUACCUUCGAUCCGUGGCUUCCCCUGCUACCACAACUAGCACUGUUACGACCACUGUAACCAAGACUGUCACUCAUACCCCUUCCCCAACCGCCUGCACCAAGAAGGAGUUGAGGAACAAGAAGAAGGCCGAGAAGGCUGAAAAGAAGAAAGCCGCGAAAGCGAAGAAAGAGGCAAAGAAGGCUGCCGCUAAGGCUAGGAAAGAGGCGAAGAAGGCUGCGAAGAAGGCUAAACACGACAAACACCACAACGGUGCCAAGGCCGCUGCUACCACUACGACCUCGACUUCUUCGACCUCUACCUCAUCGAGCACAUCAACUCCUACUCCUACUCCUCAGCAUGGCUACAGCCACCACCACCACAGUCACCUCGAUUCCGAGGAGCGCCACGGUUACCGCCAUGGCCACCACGAUUUUGAGGACCGAUACGAGCAGCACCACUUCAAUGCCCUUCACCGCCACAAUCACCACGGAGAUGGUCACCGCCACCACCACGACGAGGCCAAGAUUACUGGCGCUCCUCACGACCUUGCAAAGGCUGCAGCUCCCACUGUCACCCACACUGUGACCGUCGAGACCACCACCACUGCAGCUCAGCCUGCGUGCACGAAGGCCAGCAAAGGUCACAAGCACCACCGCCGAAGCUUUGAAGACUUUGCCGAGGAGGUGUUCGCUCGCGAAUAUGCCUUCGAUGAACUCGAUUGA